GCCAAUAGAAAAGCGUGAUGUUGCUUGGCUGAUUGACGACGUUGAAGAUGGCGGACAGGCUAACGCAGUUACAAGAUGCUGUCAACUCACUUGCUGAUCAGUUCUGCAACGCAAUCGGGGUGUUACAGCAGUGCGCUCCCCCAGCAUCUUUUAGCAAUAUUCAAACAGCCAUCAAUAGAGACCAACCAUCGAACCCUACUGAAGAGUAUGCACAGCUUUUUGCUGCUCUGAUCGCAAGGACAGCCAAAGACGUGGAUGUGUUGAUUGAUUCUCUACCUAGUGAAGAAUCUACUGCUGCACUCCAGGCAGCCAGCCUCCGUCAGCUGGAGGAGGAGAACCACGACGCGGCCGCACGGCUGGAGGAGGUUGUGUACCGCGGGGACGUGCUGCUUGAGAAGAUCCAGAGCGCCUUGGCGGACAUCGCUCAGUCCCAGCUCCGCACCCGGAGUGGAGCUCCCAGCCAGCCCUCGCCACCAGAGUCAUGACUACAGGGGGACUGAGGAGGUCUAUCAGGGACUCUUCUUUUGGGUUGAAUGAUGUGUGCCCUUCUGUAAUUUGUACAGUUUGUAAAAUAUAGCGUAUCUUUGGAUUUUUGUACUUAUUUGCCUUUUGGUUUACAGUCAUGGAAAAUCAUUGUUGCCAUCACCUGUUUGUGUGUGUAUGUGUGUGUGUGCACACACAACACAGGACUGUCAUUUUGUGAAUAAUUUGAUCUUCACAUUCACUGAAUGAUCAUGUCAUUACUGAACCUCCUGCAAUUUAGGAGCAAUUGCGAGAGAAAUAAAAUUGUAAAAACA